AUGGCUCCUAAAAAGGUAGGUGGUUUGGGUGUAGGAGAUGCAGUGCUUCGGAAUACAGCUCUUCUGUUUAAGUGGUGGUGGCGGUUUUCGAAAGAGGAGUGCUCCCUUUGGAAGAAAGUGGUGUGUUCUUAUAAUAGCAUGAAUCCUUUUGAGAUGGUGCAUGGGCAACCUGUUCCCCCAAGAGGGGGUCCUUGGAAGGAUAUUUGUCAGCUUCAAAUAAGAGAGCCGCAAGUUAGAGAGACGAUGAUCAGAGGCCUAUCAAUGGAGGUUGGGAACGGCAGAACAACCCGGUUCUGGAAGAACGUAUGGCUCCCUGAUGGGGUCUUGAAAGAUCUCUUUCCAAGACUUUUCUCGGACUCGAACCUUAAAGGAUUUGUUGUAGGGGACUGCGGGUUUUGGGAUGGGUUAGAGUGGAUAUGGAGCUUCCAGUGGAGUAGACAGUUGUUUCGGUGGGAGCUGGAACUUUUGAACCACCUCCACGAGAUACUACAUUCAGUUAAGCUAACAACGGAGAGAGAGGAUAAGGUGGUUUGCAAAUUUGAUAGAACUGGUAUUUUUUCAACUAACUCCUUUGUGAAGGGGUUGCAGGAAGCAGUCCUCUCAGAAAAAAUAACUAGCUAUAACUUCACUAGUGUUAUUUGGAGGGGCUUCGUCCCGCAAAUGGUUGAACUGUUCUCUUGGUUUGUCUUUAUUGAGAGGAUGAAUACUAAAGAAAGACUCUCUAGGCUAGGUGUUAUUGGCCAGCUCGAUAAUAUGUGUGCUUUAUGUUGCAAGGUUGUUGAGUCGGCUGUUCAUCUGUUUCUUGGCUGUGAGCUCACUUGGCAGGUGUGGUGUGCAUGGCUAUUCGCCUUUGGAAGGUCCUGGGCCAUACUAGGAACACUGAAGCAACACUUUGAGAGCUGGACGCAUGCUUCACAGAGAAAGAUUGAGAGAAAGAGGUGGUUGAUUGAAUUCUUUGCUGUAAUUUGGGCAAUUUGGCUAGAAAGGAAUGAUCGUGUCUUCAAUAAUCAUGGCUCAUGA